AUGGUGAUGCAUCAAACACAACAGAAUAAUCGGAGGACUACUAGGUCAUCAGCAACCACCACCACCACCACCACAUCAACCAACAAUACUUUUACUACUACUACGACUGAUCAACAACAAGAACAACAACAGACCCAACAAUUUGAUGAAACCACCACAAAUCAUGAUGCAUUCGAUCGACGACAACAACAAAAAGAUUUUGAUCAUCAAAUUCUUUCUCAUGCUUUUCCCUUUUCUACCCAUGAUUCUACCUCAGUGUCUAAUUUCAUCACGGACGUAAAAGUUGAUCCAAAAAGAAAGUUAUUACUUGCAAGUACCUAUUCAUCGGGAAGAGUCUAUGUUUUCGAUUUGGAUACUCGAAAAUUCUUAUAUUCCAUCCAAGUGGGUGAUCGCAGUGGGUGUUGUUAUUAUUUGACAAUUGAAGAGCCUUUUCGUCAUGAAAAUGAUCUCAUCAUGAUGAAAGGUCUAUCUACUACUUCAAGCACUACUGGCACAACUAGUACUACUUCAAGCACCACCACCACUACUACGAAUGAAGAUGAGAAUCGACACAUGCCAUCAUCAAUGACAUGGGAUCAAGAAACCAUUCAAAUGGCAUGCACUUAUCCAAGUGUGAUUGUUACCACAGACAUGUACUCGUAUUACACGAUCGAAAAGUUCAUCAUGUGUCCAACCUUGUAUGAACCAAAUGUUCGAACAGCAACAAGACUAUCCAAUCACAGGUCUCGAAUGUGGAAAUGCACAUCAUCCGAAUUUAAUGCUCUCAGAGGUUUAUGUGUGGAUCAUUCAUCUCGAAGACUUUUUGUGAGUGAUCGAGAUGCAAGUAAAAUUAGAGUAUUAUCGAGUAGAGAUGGACAUUUAUUGAAAUCCUUUGCAUUCAAUGCUCCUACGGAUCUAGCAUUUUACGAAGGAAAUUUGUUCGUUUGUGAAAAAAUCAACCAAUGGCGUGCAUAUUGUUUCAUCCAUAGAUGGAAGUAUUUUGAGAAGUAUUGCAGUGGGAUGUUUUAA